ACAUACAAAAAUUUGGGCAUCAAUGUGAAAACGGCUAGUACGAUAUAUAAAAUGAUAUGCAGGCCCCUUCUAGAGUAUGGACAUACAAUCUUUCAGAACACUUCUGAAUCUACUCUCAAAAAUCUCGAAGUGGCUGAAAGAACUUGCUUGAGAAAAAUUACUAAGAUCAGACACCCUAACAAUCCGUUACACAAUCCACCAAAUCAACUUUUGUAUGAAGCAACAGAAAUAGAGCCUAUAUUGUCAAGAUUGCGGGAACAGAGCAAAAAAUUCAUCAAGGGGAUUACUAAUAAGACUAUAAUAACACCACUACUGCACCAAUAUGACACAGAGAGCCCACCAAAGGCCAAACUACCAGCACUACCAAUUUAUGAACAUCUGAUAUCAUUGGAAUAACUUUUUUUUUUAUACAAUGGAUACAAUUAAUAAAUUAUAAAUGUAAUUGGCAGGAAGACUUCGGUCGAUAGCCAUUUGAUGAUUUUUUAUUAUCAAUAAAGUUAAUUUCUCUCU